AUGGACGGCUUCGCCUAUUUUCAUUACCAUGCGCCCAGACAUAAUAGCACUGCCUAUCGACGGUCACUGCGUACUUCUUCUGGCCAUGUGAACACCUCGCCUUCCUCGCCCGCAGCCUCGCUCCCAUCAUCGCCUCCAACGUCGCCGCUCUCGCAAUCCCGCUCCAAUUCACCUUUUCGCAAAACACGCCGUAGAGGAUAUUCGGCUACGACAAUAUCCUCGGACCCUCUCUUCAGUCUGUACAGAAAGGAUUCUGCCUCAUCAGACUUGACUACGAAACCUGGUAACAUGGAGACGGCAACGAUUCGAGAACAACGGCAAGGUACGAGUGGCAGCAUUUCGUCCGCUGCUAGCAAUUCGUCACACAACUUGCUCGCCAAUCCCUUCGAACUACGCUACGGCCGCCGCUACCUACGCGAUGUCCCAUAUCCUCUUCCUUGUGAUCUUUCAGAAAUCCAGCGCCAAUCGCUACGGACACUGCUCGGUGUCACUAUUCUCGACAAGCCGUCAUGCGUCCCCAACGUCGCAAAGGAUGUACCAAAAAGAGUCUUGGAAUUAGGAUGCGGGAGUGCCUUCUGGACAGGCAGUUGCCACGAGUGGUUUGCCAGCCUUGGCUACCCGAAUGUCGAGUUUACGGGACUCGACUUUGCACCACUAGCACCGGACUUGCGACGACAAGGCGUGAAUUGGAAAUUCAUACAGCACGACUUCAGACGCUUUCCUUGGCCGUUUGAAGACAACCAAUUCGACUACAUCAUGCUGAAAGAUCUAUCUCUGACAGUAGCCAUGGGAGUCGAGACUCAGCGAUUCAUGGACGAAACAUUACGUAUCCUUGCACCAAAAGGCACACUCGAGAUUUGGGAAUCAGAUCAUGUAUUACGCUGCUUGUUACCACAACCGCCACCACCACGAGGAAUGACAGCAGAAGAGGACAAGACAGCCCGAGACACAAAAACCUAUCUCAUUUCGCCCACCACACCUUUUGCACCAGCGCAAAACAGGUACAUAUCCGACUCCAACACAUGGAUCCACGCUGCGCUGGACAAGCUUAAUCUGCCCUCAUCGCCAUGUACCCGCAUGGCAGAAAUCCUCUACCAAGAAACCACACUCGUAGACGUCACAUCCCGCCGCAUCGCUGUCCCUCUUGGGCAGAUGCGCUGGGAAAAAGACUCGGAGGGUAAACUCAUCCGCUCAGGCAGUAGUGGAAACCUGUUUGGCACUGUAUCGCCAAAACCGGGCAAAGCAGCAAAGACAAGCACAGAGCCCAUGCUCACUGAUGACCAAGCAGCCAUUCGCUCCACAGCACUGCUCACAGUGAUUCAAAAAAUCGAGAGUCUGGAACCACUGCUUAAAGAAGCUAGUGGCAAGAAUUCGGAGGAGUGGACGAGGUGGUGGGCGGGUAUGAUGGCGAGUUUGCUGGAUCAAGAGAAUAGUGGAGGUGGGAGUGAGGUUUUGGAGAUUGGGGCUUGGUGGGCUACCAAGUGUGAGGAAACCACUUGA